AUGAGAAUAACCAAUCAACGGCCCAUUUCAUUCCUCCUUUUCUUGAUAUUAUUGGUUUCCGGCACUUUGGAGGACAUUCCCGGUGCUGCUGGUUCCUUUGAUUCCAUGUAUCUCUACUUUAGUUUUUUCAGCAGUCUAUGACCCGUACGUGCCGUUUGGGAUGUGAGUCUAAAGACAUUGGGCUCGAAGAAAUAUUUAAAACCACGUAGUUGGCUCGGCAAUUACAGCGACCUUCCGAAGACGUGCGAGAUCGCCGAAUGGAACAACCGAACAUUCUCGAGCGUCCCCUACGAAAGCUUUCAUAGAAAAUGGGCGAAACAAGGAAACAGGACUUUGUAGGUCUCAACGCUCGAGAGCCAAAAGAGUGCGAACCUUCAGGGAAACAUGAAGAAGAGCGAAUUGCGAGUCGUGUCCGCCUUUGUCUACCAGCACGAAAUCAUUGUGACGACUACGGCGCAGAACAGAUAUGGGUGAGUUUAAUAUUAAAACAACUGGGCGUGACCUCGUUUGCAGCAAAAAAGUCUACUGCCGCUACUUCGACUGUAACCGCCGGGAACUGAACGGAUCCGCCUGGGACACCAUCAUGUUCCCUCUUUCUGUCGCUUUUUGUGCUCGCCGAGCCGGCGCCCUUUUUAUGGGCGUCACAGAAACGGCCGACGGGGAGCUGCUCUCGGAGCCGGUGCCUUUGACGGUGAGGGUUUCUGAAAAGUACGCCCACGAGAUUGCUGUUUGUGUCGGACCGAUUUACGGGAAUGAGAGCCGAUGGCUGGAGAUUGCAGAGACCACCGAACAUCAUUUGUUGAUUGUUAGUACAGUACAACGCACAGAAAGUACCGUAAUCCUUCACUGAACCUUCAGGGAGCCACUUACUUCUACUACACUAUUUUUGACAAGAUGAACGAGUACACUAGAAAACUGGUGGAUGAGUAUGAGAGGUAGGAUAUUUGUAGAACAUAUAAGACUCAAGAUUGAAGUGUACUUCAGGCUAGGAUACUUUGAAGUGACCGUAAUUCAGACUGAAUAUGAAGUAAUGGACUGGCUAUCGCAUUUGUUGCAAAUCAAUGUGGGAGUUCAUGUUGACUUCCUCUCAAUUUCUCUUUUCAGGACUGUCACUUCCGCAGUCGGUUCCAUUCCAAAUGGGUGCUCAAUGUGGACAUUGACGAGCGUUUGGUGGUGCUCCAAACCCCACUUCCAUCUCUUUUACAGUCAGAUCUCAUCUCAUUUUCAAACCAUACAGAAGAGUACACAACUUUCAGAACAAUAGCUUCGGAUGUUGGUGAAGUGAUAAUAUCGGCGAAAAGAGUGAUGCGAUUGUAUCCAUUACCUGAAAAGUACAAAACGAAAGAGGAGUUGUGGAAGGAGCUGGAGUACGUGAAGUACAACAAGACGACGAAGGCAAUGUGGGAUGUGCCCAAAGUGAUUUUCAGGCCUGAGAAGUUGACUAUUGUAGCAACUGAUAGUGAGCUAAAAAGAAAAUGUUGCAGAGUCCAAGCCCUCUUCUAUCACUGGACCUUUGCUCAAUACCCUGGCGUGAAAGUGUUCGCGGUCCCCAAAAGCCAGGCGUACAUCCGUCAUUACCGUACCACAAUGAAGAGCCUUCUGGGCAUUUGGUACCAGAACAAACAGUUCAAUGUCACUCGAAUGGACCGAAUUCUGGAGGAGAAAGUGACUUUGGCGGUGACGAAGCGGCUCGAGUCGGUCUAUCAUCGACGGAAGAUUUGGUGCGAAGAGAUUCGAAAUAACUUGAUUGGUCAUUUUGCCAAAGAGAAUUACGAUUGUGUCUGGAAGAAUGGGACGAGUUAUGUGAACGCGGCGAUGGGUUUCAAUGUGUGA